AAGGCUUUCCCUCUCUGUCUGCAAAUUUAUCGAGUAAGUGGUCCUUGGCAUUCCCAAACCAGCAUAAAUGCGGAAUUUAAUAAGAUGAUUAAGCUCACCCGAAAAUCAAGCUCCCUGUUUUAAAUUCGAAAAAGGCAGAGCCUUUCAAUCUACGAGAGGACUUUGGGCUCUCGAUUUGUCCAGUUCUAGCUCCUACCCAGGCACGUAUACGUGGCACUCAUGGGUUGCUCCUCCUCGAGGCUCGAGGAUCUGCCGGCCGUGGCUUUAUGCCGGGACCGCUGCAACUACAUCGACGAAGCUCUCCGACAAAGCAGUGCGUUGUCCGAAGCCCAUGCUGCCUACUUAGAAUCCCUUAAGUCGCUUGGCCUCACUCUCCAACGUUUCUUCGCUCAAAAUCCAAACCCCCAAACCAACGGCGAUCCUGUUAAACCUUCUCUACCGGUCGCUUCACCUGAUCACCACUCACACUCACACUCCCACUCGAGUUCGAACUCAGACUCACACCUGCCAUUCCACUCAGAUUCCGAAGAUGGAGAUACUGAUAAAGAUUUGGAGUCAUCAUUACUCAUCCGCAAUCAUUAUCUUAACCACGACGAAACCCAGAGCCCAAUCCCCUACAAUUUUAACUUCUUAACUUCGCGUAAACCGCCUCCGCCACCGUCUCCAAUCACCCCGGCUUGGGAUUUGUUUAAUUUCUUCGACACCUACGAUAGGUUCGAGCGGUUUUACGUUUCUAUCCCAGAGGGUGAAGCUGCGGAUAAACUGAAAUCAGAUGGAGAUGGGAAAUUUAGCGGCACUUAUGCAAAAAAAGCUGAAGAGAAGGGGCAGAGUGAGACUACGCCAAGCGUUAAGGCGGAGGAUGGCAAUACGACGACAUGUCAAGUUCGAGCCGUGAGCAAAGGAAGUGAUCCGAUAAAAGAAGGGCCCGAGAAUGCCAAAGAUUCGGCUGCCUCCACAACUCCAAGUGAUACACGCGGCGUCUCAGAGUCUAUGACUGAGAUUCAGGUACUGUUCGAGAAAGCGUCAGAGUCAGGCAUUGAAGUUUUGAACCUGCUCAACCAUCGUCAAAGAAUUACUACCAGUAAAGUAGAUUAUGUUCGUUUGGGUUCUGAAGAAGAGAUGGGAAUGAGUUCACGGAAUCUGUCUUCCACUCUGAAGAAGCUGUUGCUGUGGGAGAGGAAACUUUAUGGUGAAGUCAAGGCUGAAGAAAAGUUGCGUACAAUUCAUGAGAAGAAGUGCCAGCAACUUAAACAUUUGGUUAAGAAGGGUGAUGAUGCUCACAAAGCUAGCUCCACCAGGACAUUGCUCAGGAACUUAUCAACUAAAUUGAAGAUUGCGUUUCAGGUUGUUGACAGGAUAUCAAUUGCAAUUAGCAAUCUGAGAGACGAAGAGUUAUGGCCGCAGAUCAAAGAAUUGGACCAUAGGUUUCUUCCAAUGUGGAAAACAAUGCUAGAAUGUCACAAGCGUCAGCACCAAGUAGUUGAAGAAGCCAAAGGUUUAGAUGCCAUGACAUCUAAUUCGAAACUCACAAAUGCUCAUCUUGAAGCUGCUAUACAACUGAAGUUAGAGCUUCAAAACUUUACCCUGUGCUUCUCCAAUUGGAUUAUUAUCCAACAAGACUACGUAAAAUCCUUGAAUGGUUGGCUUAUGAGAUGUCUUCUAUAUGAACCUGAUGAAGACACAGCUGAUGAUAGUUUGAUUCCCUUCUCUCCUGGACGAGUUGGUGCACCACCUAUAUUUGUGUUCUGUAAUAACUGGUCGCAAUCCAUGGAGAAACUCCAAGACAAGGAAGUGGUUGGAGCCAUCCAGGGAUUUUUGGGCGCCAUAGAUUUGCUCUUGAAGCAGCAUAACGGGGAUCUUCAACAAAUGGUGAUUUCAGACAGAGACUUAGAAAGAAAGGUUAAAAUCAUGGAGAGAGAGGAGCAAAAGAUACAUAAGGUGAUGCAGAGUCGAGAAAUUAAGAUGGUAGUAUCUGCUGCUGAGGAAGACAAUAACCAGUUUGGAAUUAUCAGAUCAACAUCUACUAACGUGCAAUUGGGUUUGAAGCAGAUAUUUAUGGCAUUAGAGAAGUUUGUUGGAAACUCCAUACAAGUGUACGAGGAGCUUGGCAUACGCGUGGAAGAACUGAGGCAUGAGCAGCUUUGAACCUCAACGUGCGGUUCAAGAGGUACUUCGUUGGUAAUUUGAUCGAUGGUCAUACAUUAUAAUUGAGGGUGGCAAUUUUCUUUGCCUGGUUAAUUGAACGAACCAGGUUAUGCAUAAAGCAGAGGCCCGCCAGCUUUUGUGCGUCAUUUACGUAGAGGCAAGGGUUAGAAUAUCAACCAGAAGUUGAGUAUAUAAGAACCAUCCUUAAUCUUUUGAAUCCUAAAUCUUUGGAGUGGAAUCUGUUUUGGUCUUUUUAAUCCUAAAUCUUUGGAGUGCAUAUUGCAUAUAUUGUUUUGCAUUUGGCAUAGCAGAGACUUCUCAGCGGGAAUUGAGUAUAGGGAAAACCAUGCCUGCUGCUUACAUUUUAUUCUUUUGGUGAAUUUGCCUACUGGUUACAUGAGAAAGAGUAGUUUGGGCACGAUGACAGAGCAUCAUCUUCCCAAAUCUCUCUUCAUACGUGUGGUUCCAUAGGUGUUUUAGAGAAAUUAACCACUGCUGAAUGUAUUGCUAAAUACCAUUCUUUCUUGUUAUAUAUGUAUGAGAUCUGAGUUAGGAAUCGUGAGAUUAGUAAGUUUAUUUCACCUAAUUGUUACAACUUAAUUUUGAGUCUUUUCUUUACACCCUAACAUGCAUAUAAAUGUAUGAUACUUGCCACUUA